AUGGCUGACGUAGCACCCACCGCCUCCACAGACGGUCGCGUGGCGCCCCGCUCCGGUCUGGCCUCCAAGAACUUCAUCGACACGGGCGCGGGCGUGAUCGACGCCGACUACCGGGGCCCCGUCAAGGUGCUGCUGUUCAACCACGGCGAGGCCGACUUCAAGGUCGCCGAGGGCGACCGCGUCGCCCAGCUCAUCAUCGAGCGCAUCUACACGCCCGAGGUGGUCGAGGUCGCCGAGCUCGAGGCCAGCGUGCGCGGCGCCGGCGGCUUCGGCAGCACGGGGACCAACUGA